ACUGAUUCUAUGGCUCACGACUUAAAGAAAUCACAUUAAUGCAAGUGUCCAAUCAGGUAUUAAGCAAACCAGCAAAAGUCGUGCAAAUCAAAUAAGUGCUACACACUCAGUCCCUCAUCACUGCAGCCUGUCUUGGUAUUAUCGCAUCAGCUGUAAUCUAAAGCCAACAACACCUGGUGAUAAUUACUACCUCAUCACGUAUCCUGUGUGCUGUAUGCUGCCUGUGGCGAUGGCUGAGGCUGGAUAUUGUCCAGUAGACGGCAAGGAUCUCGUCUAAUUUAGUGGUAUAAUGUGGUACUGCUGCUGAGAGAGAGAGAGAGAGAGAGAGAGAGAGAGAGAGAGAGAGAGAGAGAGAGUAUACGUGAUAUUUCAUAAACUGUAUUAUGCGCACUACAUACUUUUACUCGAUUGUGUUUCACUGACUCUAUUAGUCCUCCUCCUCCUCCUCCUCCUCCUCCUCCUCCUUAAUGUCUUACUUUCAGUUCACUAGUCUCCUCACACCACCAAGCAAAGGUGUUCUCAUUAUCUAAUUACCAUUAUGUUCCUCUUUCUUCCAGUCAUCUCAUUAUUUCCCAUGCUUAUCGGAAUUAACACGGUGAUGCAAGGCGCAAGAUGAAAAUUCAGCUUUUGCAACGGGGUUUAAAAAAUGGUUAUAGCCUAUCUAUUGUGCCUUAUAUAAUAUUUAAAUGACACUGAUUAAUGUUUCUCAAAUUCUACAGUUGUUUAUGCUAUCUAUCUCUUUGUUUUUGCAUUGCCUUUUAAAAAUUGGCAUUUGGACGACGCGAUCAGCUGACGAUGUAAACAAGACGAAGCAUCAGCUGGAGGUCUGCCAAAGAUUGCCUACCACCAACAACAAUCUUCGUUUCUUAACCCGAAAAGAGCUAAAACACCAUCUUGGAAUAUCAGCAGAACCGUGAAUUACUGUGGGAAGUGUUAAGCAAUGAGGGCUGAACGGGACUAAGUGGUGUUGAGGAGGAGACAUAGUGUAAUAGAAGAGAAAGGAGGCAGGGUAAGGCAAGGCUGGAACAGUUCAGCACUACGUCGCAGCAAUAUGGAUUCCUUAGAGCUCUUCCGACAGUGCAAGAAAGGAAACAUUGAGGAAGUAAGGUACCUAGUAGAGCAGCGGGAUGUUGAUGUCAACGUUCGAGAUAUCUGGGACAGCACUCCCUUAUACUAUGCCUGCCUGUGUGGACAUCUACAGUUGGUUGAGUAUCUCAUUGGAGUUGGUGCACACUGUGAAGCGAACACUUUUGAUGGGGAGCGUUGCCUGUAUGGGGCACUGACUGACAGCAUCCGGAAGAUUCUGACUCAACACAACCUGGUCACCACGCACACCAUCAGGAGGGAUGCUUAUGAGGAAUUCCUAAGAAGGUUGUUUGAAAGUGGGGAGCACAGUGACAUAACCUUUGUGGUGCAGGGGGAGAAUGUGCCCCUCCAUCGCUGCCUCCUCUCAGCACGAUCUGAGUAUUUUAGGGACAUGUUCUCCACCCGCUGGCGAGACCGAACCACCGUCACCAUAAACAGAGACCAGGUGCUGCCAGAUGCCUUCCGUGCAGUAAUGAAGUACAUCUACACAGGGAGGUUUGAGUGUCCUGUAGAGUUAGUUGAGUGCUGUAUCAGAAUUGGCACCAACUGUAAGCUACCCAAUUUUAAGACCAUCAUACAAGAAGCCCAGAAGAAGGCACAGGUGCUACAGCAAGGCAAGCAUGGACUGGUGAGAGUGACCCGAGUGGUGGUGGAGCCCGGGUCGUGUCAGGAUCAUGUCGGAUGGCAGAGUGUGGGGGCUGACCUGCGGGAGUUGGCCCAGUCCACCUUGCCGCCUGACCUCCGCUUCUGGCCCACGGAAAUGCCCUUCUGCCACACCUUAGACCAGACUAACUUUGCUGAUGUGUGCUUCAUGGUGGGCGACCAUCCGUUUUAUUGCCACAAGAUGUUCUUCUGUCCGAGGAGUGAGUACUUCCAGGCACUGCUAAGGGACCACUUCCAAGAGACAAGCUGGCAGAACACCUCUGGAUGUAGUCUGCCUGUGGUGUUCCUCCAUAACAUCUCUCCUGAGGUGUUUGCCACUCUGGUCCAUUACCUCUAUUGCAACCAGACAAUUGUGAGUAUGGAGACAGCCAUGGAGGUGAUGAUGGUGGCGGACAUGUUCCUGGUGCCGGGUCUCACCAGACAGUGUGGGGUGUACCUUGGGUCCUGCCUGCAGAUACACAGUGUUGUUACCAUCCUCAAGCUGGCCCGACUUUUCCAGUUGCCGCGCCUCGAAGACCAGUGUGUGGCUUUCAUGGCCAAGAAUCUCGACCAGGUGGUGGAAUUGGAGCAGUUCCAGACACUGGUGUUGCAAGAUGCAGAGGAAGUGAAAGGUCGUCAGGAAACAGACUCUGUCCAGGUUGUGGAUGACCUGCGGCACCAGAUCUCCUGUGGUGUGCAGACCAUCUCAGGCAUCCAGGAGGCGCGCACCAAGCUGGCCACGCUGGAGGCCUUGCUGGAGGAGCUGGGCAUUGAAGCCUAGAGAGAGAGAGAGAGAGAGAGAGAGAGAGAGAGAGAGAGAGAGAGAGAGAGAGCGUGCUGCUCUAGUGAUUCCACUAAGUCAAGAAACAACAUUAGGUUUUUGAGUUUAGCUUGUGAUAUAUUAUUUAAAUCAAUGAUGUAAAAUAAUAGCUCUCGUAAAUAUUAAAGAUUAAUUAUAAGGAAUACUACCGGAAAUUAGUUCUUUCUGACAGAAUAAAACACUAUAGAGGAACUCUUGUUAUCCGGCAUCCAAGGCAGUGAAUUUUAUUUUGCUGAGCAUUAAGAUGCACUCAACAUUUUCAAUCUUCUCUUGAGCCUCAGACACUUCAGCUUGUUCUGUUAAAAUGUCUCCUUCAAUGGACUCCUCCUCUGAUGAUAUUCCUGUGUACUGUCCUGCCACCAAGCAGAGGUGUGUCUGGCAUUACAAGUCUGCUAAGUGGUAUCAUUAUGAUGUUAACUGGCAUUGGUAUUAUUUCUGUGUCAGAGAUCCAUUUCUCUGUACAGAGUGCAUAACAGAGGUGACUGUGUUUGGCAUGGAGGCAUGCAUUCCACACACUUUCUCUAACCUCAGAGGUCAGCAACUAUGGUUGAGUUCGGUUUGUUUUCCUGUUGUCCAGGAGAGGCAGCUCACAAGGAAUACAUCAGUCUUCCAUAUGAAACUGAUGCCCUUCACAUUUCUGCCCAAAACCAUGUCAAAUAUGUUCGUAGGCUUGCUGAAAACUUAAAUCAGUGAAAAAUGUUAAAAUCAAUUACUGAAUCAUUUCAUGGUGUCUGUGGCAUCUAGCCUAAAUUAUCAACAACUUUUCUUUUUCAUCUUUAAGAUGACUCCACCACCAUCUUCAUCUCUUAACUUGAACUCUUCUCUUAGAACUUUGCUGAUAUCUCUGCACUGGGUGAUUCUGGGCUGUUACUCACCUCUUCCCACUGACAAUGUUAUCCCUGAAAUAGAAAUUCUUUGUGAAGAUGUUUGUUAUGCCCUCUCUGGUCUUGAUCCUCUGAAGGCUUAUGGUUCUAGUGGAGUCUCUGCUGUUGUUCUCCAUGCAGGUCAAAUCCACAAUGAAACUUUCCAUCUUUCUAUCUAUUUGAUUCCUAUAUCUAAAAACACUCCAAAGGAAUGCCAAAGAAAAGCCCAAUAUUUUUGUUGUUUCAUAUGUUCCUUGCAUGGGCUAAUCCUCUUGUUUUCCCUUCGUUCUUCUUCCCAGAGCCAAGUCCACAGACAGACACACCCUCCUGCACCUCACUACACACAUGACCAGCUGCUUCCUUUCCUUUACCUCUGGUGCUGCCUUCAUGACCAGCCAGAUCUUGCAUUGCAGAGAAUAUUCAAGGGUGUGCCAUGUAAGGUGAGUGCACCAUUCAGUAUUACAGUAACGCUCAUUAGUAAUUUUUUUCUAAUGUUCCCAUAACCUGUUCGCUAUGAGAAGGUCUUGCCAGGAAUUAAAUAUCUGACUGGCAGAACAAGUACAGUGCCUUAGAUACUGGAACAAGGAUGAAGGUUAGGUGCUAACAUAAUUUUUUGGGGUGUUUUGACCUUUGGUCACUAUAGUGCUUCCUCAUUAGAUAAAUUUAUGGUGUUUCAGUUUCUUUUACCAUGAACACAUUUUCUUUCAUGCUGGGUUUCUUCAGAGAAAAUGAGGCUGUUUCCACCAACACACACACAAGUAUAUUAUACCAUUACACCAUACACCAUAUAUGAUACUUGAUACUUAAUAUUUAAUGGUAACAUGAAGCUUCAUUUCAUUCAGAUCCAUAGCAACUUGACUACAGAUUCUUCAUUCUUCAAAGCCAAAGAUUGCUUCUUAUGCUGUGACAAGAGGUGGAGGAAAUUGCAUGAGGUUUGUGUGUGUAUAAUUCAUUAUGAUCUCGGAGACUGAGGUUGCUAGCUAUACUCUCCUUGAAAGGCCUUGGUGGUUGUGAUAGUCCAAUGUAUGGAUGAGGCUGAGAUCCAUGUGAAAUAACCAAGAGACAGGAUAUAUCAAAACGACAUGCCACUAGAUCUAACCUUUAAUUUCUAAUAUCAUCUGGUUAUCAAGAUUUACUGAUCUUGGAUAUAUCUCUCUUUGAGAUGACCUGAACUCCAUGCUUGUAUCGUCCAAUCUGUGAAGCAGCCGCCUUCACUACUGGCUUGUCCUUCUUCUUGAAUGGCUUGGGGACCUGCACAAAUAUAGAAGCAUGCAUAUAUAUUUUACAUUAAUAAGGAUAUUUACUCUUAACUGAACAAGUAGAAGCAUAAUAUACAAUGCCAGGGGGAAGAACAACUAUUAUGUUAACUUAUUUUUUAUAUAAGAGAAAUGGGAAUUAAAUUAUAUAUUGAUAAAAUCAUAUCAUCAAUUUUUCAGUGAUCAGUUAAGGCAGUGUCACACGAGCACUUUUUCCCUUGUUGUUGAUGAUUUUUGUUGUUUUUUACUGUUCCGUUGAUUGUUUCCCUCAUCAUGAGUCAGAUGAAAUGCACUGUUUUCCAUUAGCAUCAAUUUUUAGUCAAAUUAAGGGCUAUGGUUUCUAAUCAACACUUUUAUAAUAAAAUUUAUUUUAUUAUUAA